UUAAUGGAAACCAUCUUCAACUACUACACAGUCAACAUCAUAUACCCCUCUCUCAAUGAAGAGGCUGCAUUUCCCCACCCUAAGCCAACUCUGAAUCCAAUAGCCAGUCACUCCACGCGGUCUAGCUCCUCUGCCGUCUAUCUUCCAGCAAAGCUCCAGGAGGGAUUUCCACUCCUCCUUCCAAGGAACACCUCCCUCAACAGUGUGGAGCUCCAGAUUCAGGAGGACUUCUUACUCUUAGGGGCCAACGUCAAUUAGGCUGAAAAUGGAGGAGGAACUGAGGCUGGAGGAGUGGACCAUUUCACAGCUGAACCUGCCCUUGAUCUAGUGGAGACUCAAAGGCUGCAGCUAUUCUCUCCCAUGAGCUCCUGCUGCUCCAUGGACACUAGUCACCAGGGAACCUAUGACAUCUAAAGACACACCUAACCUGGGAACACCGUCCCAAUCUUUCUCCUCCUUUUCCUCCUUCCCAUCCCCAGGUGUUUCCUUUGCAUCCCCUGCCUUACCCUGGGGAGCUCAACCUGACUCCAUAUAGGUCUACAGGAGAAUAAACUUCCAUUAAAGGAAGCAGCACCAGCAGUGACCAGGCACCAAGCAGCCCCAGGCAGCCCACUCAACAUUAAAUACAGAACCAUUCAGAUGCACAAGUCAUUAGAUGUCAGAGUUAAGAAAUCAAGAAGUCAGGUGGACAAGAGUUCAAAGACUCAUUUUCUACUCAUGGGGUGAAAUGGGUCUACCGCUAAACACCCAGCCUCUAGACAGUGCACAUAUUUGUUUAAUGAACCUUGAUUUUAAUUUUCUGAUCAUUUUCCUGCAUUGGCCUGUCUCUGCACUUAAUGUUGGGGAGGGGUGGAGGAUCAAAGAGUGAACAAAACAACACAUGGUUUCUGCCUUCAUUAAGCUUACAGCCGAAAACAGGAGCCCAGCAAA